AGGAAGUUGUAACUCGAAGGCAACUGAAUACUAGGCUGGGGCUGUAUGCCUCGGAGCGGUGGCUGAGUGGAUGUGGUUGCGGACUAGGGACCUACGUCUUCAGCCCCACACUUCUCUUGCAAAAGUUGUUGAAGGAGCAGGCAGCGACGCCUGCAUCCUGGCUGCUGGCUCCCACAAGCCCCGCAAGGAGUUGGCAUGGGGAUCCCCCGCAGAUUCCUGUCCCCCAAAGAGGAGUCUCAGUUCCAGCACCAGGGCGCGGUGGAGCUGCUGGUCUUUAAUUUUCUUCUCAUUCUGACCAUCCUCACAAUAUGGUUAUUCAAAAACCAUCGAUUCCGUUUCUUGCACGAAACUGGAGGGGCCAUGCUGUACGGUCUCAUAAUGGGAUUGAUUUUACGUUAUGCUACAGCACCAACGGACAUCGAAAGUGGAAUAGUCUAUGACUGCGGAAGGCUGGUUUUCAGUCCAUCAACCCUUCUAGUUAAUAUCACUGACCAAGUGUAUGAAUAUAAGUACACAAGGGAAAUCAGCAAACACAACAUCAAUGCUCACCAGGGCAACGCAAUGCUUGAAAAGAUGACAUUCGAUCCAGAAAUCUUCUUCAAUGUUUUAUUGCCCCCGAUCAUCUUUCAUGCUGGAUAUAGUUUAAAGAAGAGACAUUUUUUCCAAAAUUUGGGAUCAAUUUUAACAUAUGCUUUUUUGGGAACUGCAAUUUCCUGUAUUGUUAUAGGGCUGGUAAUGUAUGGCUUCGUGAAGGCAAUGGUACAAAUGGGCCAGUUAAGAAAUGGAGACUUUCACUUCACUGACUGUUUAUUUUUCGGUUCAUUGAUGUCUGCUACAGAUCCAGUGACGGUGCUGGCUAUUUUCCAUGAAUUGAAUGUUGAUACUGAUCUGUACACACUCCUUUUUGGGGAGAGUGUGUUGAAUGAUGCUGUGGCCAUAGUCCUCACAUAUUCCAUAUCUAUUUAUAGCCCGAAGGACAACCCAAACACUUUUGAUGCUGCAGCAUUCUUCCAAUCUGUUGGGAACUUCCUCGGCAUCUUUGCUGGAUCAUUUGCUAUGGGGUCUGCUUAUGCUGUCGUCACAGCUCUGUUGACCAAAUUCACAAAGCUGUGUGAAUUCCCCAUGCUGGAAACGGGUCUGUUUUUCCUCCUGUCUUGGAGUGCCUUCUUGUCUGCGGAAGCUGCGGGUCUGACAGGAAUAGUAGCUGUCCUCUUUUGUGGUGUGACACAAGCCCAUUAUACCUACAACAAUCUUUCUCCAGAUUCCAAAAUGAGAACAAAACAGCUCUUUGAAUUCAUGAACUUCUUGGCGGAGAACGUCAUCUUCUGCUAUAUGGGCCUGGCACUCUUCACAUUCCAGAAUCACAUCUUUAAUGCUCUUUUUAUACUUGGAGCAGUCUUAGCCAUUUUUAUAGCGAGAGCCUGCAACAUCUAUCCGCUGUCCUUCAUAUUGAAUUUGGGCCGGAAACAGAAGAUCCCCUGGAAUUUUCAGCACAUGAUGAUGUUUUCAGGUCUCCGUGGAGCAAUAGCAUUUGCCUUAGCUAUUCGAGACACCGAAUCUGAGCCCAAACAAAUGAUGUUCACAACUACUCUGCUCAUAGUUUUCUUCACAGUCUGGGUAUUUGGCGGAGGAACCACACCAAUGCUGACAUGGCUUCAAAUCAGAGUUGGUGUUGAUCCAGAUGAAGAUCUGAAGACAGACUCUUCACAGCAGGGAGGAGAUAAUUUGGACAGAAACUCUACAAAGGCAGAGAGUGCUUGGCUUUUCCGAAUCUGGUAUGGUUUUGACCACAAAUAUCUGAAACCAAUUUUGACUCAUUCUGGCCCGCCGCUCACGACCACGUUACCAGAAUGGUGUAAUCCAAUUUCCAAAUUGCUGACUAGUCCGAAAGCAUAUGGGGAUCAUCCAAAGGACGAUGGUACAGACUGUAUCAUAACUCACGACGAGCUAGCCAUGAGCUUUGAAGAACAAGCCCCCUUGCCUUCCAGCCCCUCUGCAGGAUUGGGAAAGGACUCAAAAGCCUCCCCGAAGACUCCAAACAAGGAAAACAUUUACGAGGGGGACCUUGGACUAGGCGGCUAUGGACUCAAGCUUGAACACACUCCUGGUCAAUCCCAGCUGAAUUCGCUGGCAUGAAGCGUGCUAGGGGUAAUCACCAAUAAUGCUGGUGGAGGAUUGUGGAGGAAUACAAGCCCCACUGAUUAGACAGAGCUGGGAAGAUGCUGGGAAAUGUAUUAAAAGCAUAAAUUGAAGAGAAUCGAAAUCUUGUCACAUGUAUCCCCCUGGUGCCUGAAGAAAUGAGAAUUUAUGAUCAUUCAUCCAUAUUAUACAACUGAAUUUAAUUUCUGACAGCAGCAAUUUUUAUUAAUGAGUUGGGGGGAGGGAAGGGUCAAAAAUCUAACAUCUCCAAGGAUGACACUGAUAUAUCCAUGACUGCCGAUGUUUCCUCUCCAUCUGCUUCUCCCUGAGCUCUUGACUCCAAUUGGAGACUCGAGUCUUCUAAUUAGAGAUAGUUCAGGAGGGGUGAUUGAAGAAGAAGAGGAUGAGGCAGGGAGGAAGAGGAGAGCUUCAAAGGUAUUUUACCAGUUGCUCCUGAGGGUCCAGCUUUUUAGGUAGUGGAGAUUCUAAGGGGGAAGGGAAGAUGGGCAGGUUUUUUAAAGGGAUAUUUAUAUUCGCACAUAUUGCCUUGGAAAACAAUGCCCAGUUGAAGACCCAAGCUGAGGGCUUAGCCAUACCCACCAUUUUAUCUCCCUUUACCCAGGCUGCCCCUAUCCCUCCCAUCCUGGUCCCAUGCCUGGAAUCCACUCCUUCUUCCCCAACCCCAAGCUUCUCUCAGAGCACUCUAGAGGGCCACCUUCUAUGUAAAGCAUUUCCUGAGCAUCCCCACACUUUUUUUUAAUUGUUAGUAUUCUCUUGCUUUUUCAAUUAUCCUAUAUUUAGUUAUCUCUGUGCAUGCCAUACUCCCCCUCUCUCAGGAGAAUAUAAGCCCUUUGAGGGCAGGGACUGUUUUUCUGUUAUUUAUCUUUGUACCCCCAGCAUCUUCAAUGGAGGAGAUUAAUUAAUGCUUGCUGAAUUAAAUCAUGACCAACUAAUAGAAGCCAAAUCAUAUUUUGGAGAGACAGACCCAACCACUCCAGCCUCCAGAGGCUACCGGCUCUACUUGAUUUCCCAUUCCCAUUGGGUUUCUUUGGCCAGAUUAGGAUUUUUGUUUGUUCUGAUCUUUGUUCAAUGAGCUGCCCUCUAAGUGCAGCACAAGGAUCUCACUAAAACUUCCAAGGAAAGAUGGAUCUCUUCCCCACCUCCCCGUGUGUGCCUGAUGAAUGAGCAUCCCUGCCAGUGUUUACAUGUUAAUCUCUUCUUGGCUCCAAAGGGGAUGUUUCUGUAUCCUCUCUAAUGAGAUUCAGCAAGCACAGGUUGCCAUCCACAUAGUAGAAGAAUGUGCCCAGGCCCCUGUCCAGCCACCUGUCCAUUCAAUUCCAACACAAAUCUGUGAUUAACAGCAGCAGAAGAGGGAGGGAGGGAGGGGGAAGUGGGAUAGAUUUUAGUGCCUUUCCAAAAGCAAGGAGUAAAGAGCUCGGGGUGAGGGUGCUGAGAGGGAAGAGAGAAGGAGAACUGCAGCCUCUGCUUACCAAGGACAGCUCUCAGCACUUUGUUGGGACCUGAGAAUCAGGGAGCUGUUGAAUUCAGCCACCUGACCUGUGCCUUUUGAAGGCAUGAAUAUACCUCGUCUGGCAGCUCUUGAAAUGCAAAUAUUCAUAUGAGACUUCAAGAUGCAAGCUUUGGUUUUAGAUGAUCUGAUUAUAAUGAGCCUUUAAGGAAUUGGCUCAGUAGUUUUUUGAAGGCCAGUAAAGAAAAAAGUUCUCCAAAUGCCCAAGAAAUCUGGAAGUAACGUGGGCUUUGCUGACCAAAUGUUCUGUCUUAAACAAUAGCUGGAAAGGCAAGAGAUGCCCCAAAGUGAGCAUCACUUGCUUUGUUUUCUCAAUGGUGGGAUACAGAAGCCUGGCUUCUCUGAGCAUCCCAGGCAAACAUGAAAAAUGAUGGCGCGUGGGGUUCUCAGGUUUGACUUCAUCUAAUAAAAUAUUACUUUAAAAGGGA